UUCGUUUUCUGCGUGACCAUCCUCCUUCCUCCGGCAGCCACGCGCACUGGUCGGCAAACCAAGGACCCGACGAGAUCGCCGCCGUUCGCCGUUCGCCGGCUGCACCGCAGCAAGCUCGAACGCUUUGUUGCUGUAGCAAGUAGGCCGGCCGUGUUAUGUCAAACUCCUCUCCGUCCUCCGCGUCGGCCAUUGUCGCCAAGGCUGCGACCGGGUGGCACGACCUCAAGAUCGAGGGGCACUCCCUGACGAAGGGGCUCGGUAUCGGCGAGUUCAUCAGAUCGGAGACCUUUGUCAUCGCAGGCCAUCGCUGGCGUAUCAGAUAUUACCCCGACGGCGCGGCUUCGGACGACGCCGACUGGAUUGAUGUCUAUGUGCAUCGCGAGAACAACACCGACGGCAAGUACAUCAUGGUGAAACUCCACAUCAAUAUACUUGACCACGACGGAGAACCGGUGCAUGCUCUCGGCAAGAGAAGCAAUCGGUUUGAUAGAUGCGGUCCCCAAGAUGCAGUAGGAUUUGACAGACUCGCCAAAAGGAGGGAUUUGGAGGAAUCGAGGUAUCUCAAGGACGAUUGUUUCAGCAUCAGGUGUCACCUCACCGUCAGGAAUGAGAUCCGCACCUUCAAGAGACAGUCUAGCGCAACGACCUUGGUCACCGCCGUACCGCCGUCCAACUUGCACCGGCACCUGCUCGACCUCCUCACGAGCCAACAGGGACAUGACAUGUCUUUCAAGGUGGGUGGUGAAACGUUCCCCGCGCAUAGGUACAUCGUCGCUGCUCGGUCCCCGGUCUUCAUGGCGGAGCUCUUGGGUCCUAUGAAAGAGAAGGCGGCAGCCUGCAUACGGAUUGAUGGCAUGGAAGCCAAAGUCUUCAAGGCGAUGCUUCACUUCAUCUACGCUGACUCAUUGCCUAAGAUUGACGAGGACGAAAAUGUAGAGAUGGCACAGCAUCUACUUGUCGCCGCGGAUAGGUAUAACCUCGAGAGGCUCAAGUUGAUGUGCGAAGAGACAUUGUGCAAGUCCAUCAGCAAAGACACGGCGGCAACUACAUUGGCGUUGGCUGAACAGCAUGGCUGUGAUGGUCUCAAGAAGUCAUGCUUCGAGUUCCUUGCUUCUGUUGACAACCUCAAGGCAGUCAUGGCAAGUGAUGGCUUUGCACAUCUGAAGAGCAGCUGCCCCUCCAUCCUAGAGGUGCUGGUCACCAAUCUAGCUCGCUGACUUCUUCAAGACUUCAACUACAGAGCAACAAAACCUGAAGAUUCUUCUGUAAAUUAUUAUGCAUUGUCAUGCUACUGCGAUUACUCCGGUAAGUGUAAAACCGAAGUGUCAGUUGCAUUGGUGCAUGUAUUAUGUUUUUUGAAGAUAAGAUGAGUAAAUUGAUGUGAAUUAUCCUUUAUAGCCAUUGAGUAUGGGCUGUUCAAUCCACUUUGAUGUAUUUACUUUCUGCCAGGAGGUUUUAGGAGUUCACAUGGAUGGUUUUA